AUGAGACCACGUGGGAUCUCUUCCUCGGCUGUCGGCUCGUGCCCCCGAGCAGGUGAUCCAGGCGGCUGGGCAUCGACUUCCCCUGUCAUGGCCUUGGCCUCCUUCGCGGUCUCGCCCCCAACCGCCGCCUCCGCCGCCGUCCUCCGCCGCGCCAUGUCGUUCUCCUCCGUCUCCGCUGCGUCGCAGGCGAGGGUGGGUGUGGUGCAGAUGACCUCCGUGGGGGACCUCGACGCCAACUACGCCACCUGCUCCCGCCUCACCAAGGAAGCUGCUGCGGCCGGAGUCAAAUUUCUUUGCUUCCCUGAGGUCUUCUCCUUCAUAGGAUCCAAGGAUGGCGAGUCUGUUAAGCUAGCCGAACCAUUAGAUGGCCCAAUAAUGCAGAGAUAUUGCUCACUUGCAAAUGAGUCAAGUAUGUGGUUGUCUCUUGGAGGGUUUCAAGAAAGGGGCCCGGAUGAUUCGCACCAGUACAACACUCAUGUAUUAAUCGAUGAAUCUGGAAAAGUUAGGAGCUCAUACCGGAAAAUUCAUUUGUUUGAUGUGGAUGUACCUGGCAACAUGGUGUAUAAGGAAAGCCGUUUCACGACAGCAGGUGAUACCGUCGUAGCGGUGGAUAGCCCUUUUGGACGAUUGGGCCUUACUGUUUGCUAUGAUUUGAGAUUUCCAGAGCUUUACCAAUGUUUGCGUUUUAAGCAUCAAGCUCAGGUCUUGCUCGUACCAUCUGCAUUCACAAAGGUAACUGGGGAAGCACACUGGGAAAUUCUCCUUCGUGCUCGUGCAAUUGAGACACAAUGUUAUGUUAUUGCUGCGGCUCAAGCUGGAAAACACAAUGAGAAAAGAGAAAGCUACGGCGAUUCUAUAGUUAUUGACCCAUGGGGAACAGUUAUAGCUCGACUUCCAGAUCGACUGUCCACUGGAUUUGCAGUAGCAGAUAUCGACUUGUCAAAAGUUGAGGCUGUGCGAACCAAAAUGCCAAUCUCUGAGCACCGCAAGUUUGAGAGCAUCUGGAAAUCCUCAUCACUAUAA